AUGUCGGAUGAUAACGAGGGUAACUUACCCAAGCCGACAUCAGAAGUGGGAUCAGUGUUGGUUCAAACGCAAAAUGAGAACGUGGACAGCGAUGGUUGGCGAGCCAUGUUUGUACAACAAAAUGCAAACAUGUGUGCGCUCAUCAAAGCCCUGCAAGCUCCGAAAGCUAACAAUCACGUAGAUUUAUCCGAGUUCGACCCUGACAAGACGGAUACCGACCCGGAAUCGUGGUGCGCGACAGCAGAUUUGUGUUUUGCAGAAAAUCCACUGCACGGCGUUCAACUUGUUUUGGCGGUUAGUAAGGCGUUGAAAGGCACAGCAUCGACUUGGCUAUCACAAAUAGCAUACCAAGGAAUGUCAUGGAGCGAGUUUAAGGUACUGUUUACGACGAGAUUUAUUUCUACUGAAACAUUAGCGGCUACCCUCUUUACCCUCGGUACUGAUAAACCGAGUGAAAAAGAAACUCUAGUUGCUUGCGCGAGCCGUUUGAUGACGUCACUCACUAACCGUUGGUAG